AUGGAUUCGGUUGAGCAGAUGCAAGAACAAAUGUCUAUUCUGGAAUUGGACGACGGUCAGGAUACUCUUCUUGAUGAGUUCGUAGUUAUCAAAGAAAAUUCUUCUGUUUCCCUCGAAAGAAGAAAACUAUCGAAAGAAGAGCAUGAGAAGUUGAAAUAUAAGUUGCGAGUUUCCAAUCAACUCGUGGAAAAAAUCAAAAGUAAGUUAAAUUUAAAUUCGAAAUACUUAUACUAUAUACUUUUCCUAUUUUCAGAAGAGCAGGCUAUUUUCUACCAGUUGUUGUGCGAGUAUGAAAAAUCAAUUGAAGUGAACAAGUCGAUUGCUGGCGGAAACUUAAGUCCCGAGGAUGCCAAGAAAAAACUUUCUUUCGAAGAAUUGGAGAAAAUUGAAGUCAAACUUGAGAAGAAAAAUGUGGAAAUUAUUCAAUUAGUUGAAGCUUGGCAGGUGGAGUUGGCACAAUCUGUUAUCCAGCGAGAUGAUCACAAAGUUCAGCUUGAUACACAAUCUGCGAGCAAGUCUCAAAAGGAAGUUGAAGUAGUAAUUCAACAACAGCAUUGA